AGAACAGAAAAUACCAUAGAUAGUCUCUGUGGUUGACGGUUGUCAAAAUUGCUCAUAAUUUCACAAUGACAAUUUGAUUCAACCAGCUGUGGGUGAACUAAAACUGCGUCUUAUUUUUGUUAUUUUUAACAAUAAAACGACUCUUUUAGACUAUUGUUAAUCGUCAUUUUCGAUAGUUGUUUGGUAUAGUUUCAAUAAACCGUAGUGAAAAUGGCGUACGCCUACUUAUUCAAAUACAUCAUCAUCGGCGACACAGGUGUGGGCAAGUCAUGCCUGCUCCUCCAGUUCACAGACAAGAGGUUCCAGCCUGUUCAUGACCUGACCAUUGGUGUCGAGUUCGGAGCGCGGAUGAUCACCAUAGAUGGCAAGCAAAUCAAACUGCAGAUUUGGGACACCGCUGGCCAGGAGGCUUUCAGGUCAAUCACCCGGUCGUACUACAGAGGCGCUGCUGGCGCUCUGCUAGUCUACGACAUCACCAGGCGGGACACAUUCAAUCACCUAACCACCUGGCUCGAGGACGCGCGCCAGCACUCCAACUCUAACAUGGUCAUCAUGUUAAUUGGAAACAAAAGUGAUCUGGAAUCGCGACGUGAAGUGAAGAAGGAGGAGGGCGAAGCGUUCGCCCGCGAACACGGACUUGUGUUCAUGGAGACGUCGGCUAAGACCGCCGCCAACGUCGAGGAGGCCUUCAUCAACACUGCCAAGGAGAUAUACGAGAAGAUACAGGAGGGCGUGUUUGACAUACACAAUGAGGCGAACGGCAUCAAGAUCGGUCCGCAGCACUACACCAACGCGAACGCGGGGGCCGCGAAGGGCGCAGGCGCGGGCGGCGCGGCGCCCGGCGGCUGCUGUUAGGUGUUGCACACACACUGCACACACUAAGGACAGCAUCGGGACAACGGCCGGGAGGCGGGGUGCAGCUGUGUGCAACAAACAUUGGUACGAAACUUACUGCAUGCCGGAUUAUUAGAGUUAAAGCUGCAGAAUAGCUUGCGUCAGAACUCAUUAUAAUACAUAAUCUUACAUAGUACGCCUUUGAGGCGGUAUACUAAAAGUUAGUAAUAUACCACAAAUAACAAUUCAAUUUCAAUAGUUGUAUUAGCUACAUUUUACAAAUAGUUCACGUCUGUGAUUGAACGUUUGCUUCCUUAGGAUCCAAAGUUUAUUAUUUAUUAUACAAGUUGUUUUGUUUUAUCUGUCUAUUCAUAUAUUCCGAACAUUUAAUGUCUCAAAGUAGUGUUUUGACUGCGACUAAGCUUAUAUUGUAAAAUAGACAUAAGUUUCUCAGUGUUUCAAUGUAUGCAGGAUGAAUCUUCAAACAUCGGACCAGAUACAAACGUCUUUCAGCCUCAUUUCAACAUGCCUAUUUACUAUGUAAUAUUUUUGUGUAUGUAUGUUUAUACAUGAUAUAUACGGUCAUUCUUCACGAUAUCAUUAACGAAGCAUUUAUUUGUAAAUCAUACAAGUUAUAUAAUCAUAAAUUGAUAUGUAUUGGAUAGUGGACAAAUAUGGCGGGCCGGGUAUGCCCUUAGAUACGAUUCCGAUUGUACUAAAAGCGGAAUCAUAUUAUGUAUAACUAUGUGGCGAAACUAAACAGCCGGCAUAAAAUAGCACUUUAGGAGAUCUCUGGAGAAACUAUUUCGUACAUAUAGAGAUCAUUUCGUACGAAACGCAGUGUUUUGUUCUGAAAUUCUCCGUAAGUGGCCUAUUUUGUAGCGCAAGUUCACAGAUUUUUAUUUACAUAUUUAAAAUGUUAGUCAAAUAAAUAUUUAUUUUAACGAUUUGCUUGUAGAGAUCUCUGUAUAAAGCGAAAUUCUGUGUUAUGGAGUUAAAAUGUGUAUUUUAUUUUAUUGUGAUUUAUUUGAACUUUUUGUACCUUGCAGUGUAUAUAAUUUGUUUAUGUAAUACAGUAACCUAGUUCUCGCUUUUAAUGUAUGCGUAUUAUAAUAUUAGACUUGUUUAUCGUGACAAGAAGAGAAACUUUGCAACUGACACCAUUUCGAAAGGCGAGGCUCGGAUGCAUCUUGCAAAUCCUGUAUUUGAACAAUUGGUGUAAUUUUACGAAAACAUUUUGCUUAUAGGUGGUGGCCUAGUAUAUAUUGCACAAGUUACAAUUUCGUAAAAUAUGUAAAACCGUUGAAAUAUCGUGUAGGGAGACGAAAUUCUAACGUAAAGGACUGCUUGCAAGGUAAUGAAAGAAAUGAUUACAAAAUAGGUUACUUUUAAGUUUAGCACAUUGUAAUAAUGAUACGAUAAAAUAUUUUGUAAGGUUACAAUAUGCAGACACAUUUGUAAGGUGUAUUUCAUGAGAGUAAAUGUUAAAAACUUUA